AUGGAACCCGUGUUGUACAAGGUUCACAUAUGUUUGACCGGUGACCCGACCAGCCAAGAUGCCCAGCUAUACGUCACGUCCCCACCAAAGCAUCCGCCAACCGACGCGGGUUCUCCAUGGCCGAAACUUUCUCCACGCGACAGCUCCAUCGGAGAAACUCAACCCGCUGAGUCGCACAUCAACCGCGCGCGAGUCGACAUCCACAAACGCCGCUUACUUCCGCGUUCAUACGCUUUCGCCCCGUAA